AUGAACAGAAGCCUUAUUUUAGUCAGGACCUGUUUUAGACGAAAUAACUUGAGAAGGUUUUCAAGUCAUAAUAUUGAAAGUAAUGAAAAUGAGCCAAUAAAAUUCUCCACAAGUGGGGCAGCUACAAGGAAGACUAUACAACCUGUUAGAAAUGUUAAAAAUAAUAAUAUGCCAUGGUAUCAACCAUACUGUGUUGUAGGCAGUAUUGCAAUAUUCCUUAUUUAUUUCUGUGUAUUAAGAGAAGAAAAUGAUGUUGAUAGUGAAUUCACUAAGACACUCUAUGAUAGAAUCAAAGGUUUAGAAAAGCAACAACUACUUUUAUCCUAUAAAUUUAACAAGGAAAAUGGUAAAAGUGUGGAAGACAUAGAAAAGAGACUCAAAGAAAUAGAAGAAGAAGAAUCAAAAGCACAACUACAAUAA